AUGGAUAUAUCCCUUCACAUAUUCAUCAAAUAAUUUACAAAUACUAACAAACUAAUUUAAAAUUUCAUAUUAAAACAUCUAUCAUUCACUCACUCACUCUUAAAAACAAACAAAUUAACAAACUAGCAAUAACCAAAUUAAAUUAUUUGUUUAUUUGAUUGUUUGAUCUGUUUAAAUAAUUAAAACAAAACAAAAUAGGAUGUAUGUACUUUUAGGGAAAAUUCUGAUUAGCUUUCAUAGUGUGAAUAGUAUUAAACAGUAAAAAACUAAAUAGCUCUCUCUAAUAUUAAAAUAUUGUCUAACUUUAAACUAAAAAAUUAAGCGUACACUUAAGUAAGCAAAUGGAAAAUCAAAUUAUUUAAUAAAAUAUCUUUAUUCUUUCUAAUUAAACUCUCCAAACUAUUAAGAAUGAACUUACAGAUAUUUGUAAAUCUUUCUAUUAACAAGCUGUUUAAAAAAAAUCUUUAUAAUAAUCAAAAUAAAUAUAUCAAUUAAUAAUAAAAAAUAAAUGUUAUAAAUCUAGAUUAAAACCAAAAAAAUUAAAAACAAACAAUUACAAAAUGUCAUGAAUUAUUUAGCUUAAUACAACUUAAUUAAAAUCUAAAGCUAUAUUUGUGUAUUUAUGUUUUAUGUAUAUAAUUACUUUUAUAUUUGUUUUCAAAAUUUCUUUUUUCUCUCUUUAGUUUCUUUCAAUAUGAAUUUUCAAUUGACUAAAAUUUAAUUUCAAUUAGUAAUAGCACUUAACUUUUGUUAAUCAGUAAAUCUAUAGAUUGCCUAUACGCAUAGAACUCUAGUUUACUGCCUUUGCGGUUCUAUUAAUUGCUUUGGUCUUUAAACUGA